UCGGGAUAUGUCAUAUAAUUAAUAAAAAAAGAGAAAUCUAUACAGUGAUCGGAAGUGAGAAGUAACAAACUAAUAGUUUGUUCAUUAAGAUAUCAAAUUGAAAUAAAAUAAAAAACAAAAAAUUAAAAAUCAAGAUUAAAAUUAAAUCAAAUUUUUUAAAAAUUUAUUACAAAAUAAUUGGCAAUUGUGCCAUAUUCUGAAUACUAUUGUAAUUCUGAUUUUGGCUUAUAAAAAACAAUUAACAGAAAUUAAAAAAAAAUGCCGAACUCUCGUAAUUUUGAUUAUAAUUUUUUUGGUGCUUGGCCUAAAAAUAAAGAUGGUUCAUUCAUUUCAAAAACCGCACCAACAACUCCAAUAAGCACACCACCCAAUCGUUCAAGGAAUAAUUCACCACCAAAUACAAAUCCUUCAUCACCAAUAUCAACAUCACCACCGCCAAUGAUGUCACCAUUAAGACGAACCUAUUCAAGUACUUUUACAUUAAUACCAGAAGAUCGAGAAAUUGAUAUUAUCAGUACAGAAAAAUCAAACGGAAAUAAUCCAUUUAAUACAAAUCGAAUUACAAUACGUCGAAGUAAUUUAAAUCAAUCACAUUCGCAUCCACACAACCAACAACAAACACAAUCAAUUAAAAAUGGAUUUAAAACUAAUUUGGAUAAAAACACAUUAAAAAUGCGUGUAGCAAGGGUACUAUUAUGGUGGCCAUUAUUAUUAUUAAAAAUUUUAUUUUGGAUUACAGGAAACUUUUUUGGUUUUGUAUUCUUACCGCUAUCAUUUGCAGCACCGAGCUUUUGGUUUACUGCUUUAUUAUGGGUUUUUUGGAAAUUAAUUCGUUUUCCAGUUGCAUUAUUCGGUUAUUUAAUUGGAACGGUCGUACAAGAACAAGAAGGCAACCGUAACCAAAGGAAACGAACCGUCUUAAUUAGUUGCGGUUCAACAAUACAAACAUUACAUUUAGCAAGAAAUUUUUAUUCGUCUGGAGCGCGUGUUAUUGUUUUUGAAUUUGAAGGUUUAUUCGGAUUGGCUCGUUUCUCAACAGCCGUAAAUAAAUUUUAUACAGUGCCAAGACCAACACCAGACUCACCACAGGAUUAUAUUGCUGCAAUAUGUGAAAUAGUCGAAAAAGAAAAACCAACUUAUUAUGUUCCAGUUUGCGCAACAAGUCCGGCAUAUUAUGAUGCACUAGCGAAACCACAUUUAGAAUUAUUGGGUUGUGCCAGUUUUAUACCAGGACUUCAAGAAAAUUGUAUAUUAGACGAUACAUAUGAAUUAAUUAAGAAAUGUAAAGACUUAGAUAUAUCAGUGCCACAAUACAAAGUUAUAUCAAAUAAAGAGGAAUUGUUUUCGUUAUAUAACACUGGAUGGUUAACUGGUUUUCGUAAUUUAAUGGUUGCAACAGGUUUACAAGGCUUAUUAGAGCGUUAUAAAUAUGUUUUACCAAACAAUUCGCGAGAUUUGAAAAUAAGUCAAGAAAUAAGUGAUGAAAAUCAAUGGAUUGUUAUUAGAAAUAUGCCUGGUAAUCAUUAUAUUACAUGCACCACAGUUAAAGAUUCAAAAGUUAUUGCAAAUGUAUCAUGUUUAGUUGAUCCCGACACAAAAAGUUUAAUGCCGGAAAAAAAUGAAAAAAUUGAAAUAUGGUUAAAUGAAUUCUUUACAAAAUUACGUUUACAAAGACCAAUUAAUGGUCACAUUAGCUUUCGUUUUGUUAAAUGUGACACAACAAAUCAAUUAUUACCAUUAGGAUCAAGAGUUGGAGUUUCUUUACCGUAUAUUUGUUACACAGGUGUGCAUUCACGUGUUUUAUGGAAACCAUGCCCCCAUUUCAACAGACAAAAUUCUGGACCAAUGGUACAAGAUAAUGGUAGAUAUUUAAUAAGUGAAGCUGUUAUGAAUACACUUAAAAAUCCAUCAGUCGAUGCUGUUAAUAAAUUAAUUGGCACGGUUUUAGAUAAACGUGAAGCAUUAUUUGCAUUUUGGGAUCCAUUACCAUAUUGUGCAUAUUAUCAUUUUCAAUUACCAUUAAAUUCAGUAAAAACAUUUGUUCAAAAAAGACAGGCUGCUGCUGCAAAAAAUCGUAGUAUAGCAUUAACCGCUCCUGUUCAUUGAACAGACAAAAACAAUUAAACAAAACAAGCUUUAUUUCAAAAUGAAUUUCAAAAUAUUUACGAAUGAAUUUCGAAUGGAGUAAUCAUUAAUCCAAUUUUCUAUUUUAAUUGAUUUUUUUUGUAAUAUUAAAUUGAGUAAAUGAGAGAACAGGAGAGAGAUGUAUAGACUUUAAGCCUGUGGGAGUUAGUUUUACUGAAACGAUAAUAUUCUAAAACAUCGAACCAAAAAAAAAAAUUAUCAAAAAAUUUAUUGAUAUUAUUUAUUUUAAGAAAAUUAUAUAAAUUUAGCACAACAAAAACAACAACAUAAAAAUUUCGGACAGAAAAUAAAAAAACUAAAAAUAGAUUAAAUAAAAAUAAUUGACAAAAAAAAUAUAUUAAUUUAAUUAUUAAAAAAUGUAUAUUUGAACUUAAGUUCAAUUUAUUUUGUAAAUAUUUAUUAUAUUUU